AUGCUACGCUGUCUCAGUUCCCGGACGGCGGCCAUGGUAUCUGAUUCACAAUGCCAGUUCUUGACCUGGGUCCGGAAGGCGUCAAGGUCGAAGAAACAUCACGAUCAACAUAAUACCGCCUUUCAGCUCAAGAAAGACUUCAAUCUCUCGUCCUCGUCUAUAUCGUCCGGCUACACGGACAGACCGCCGUCGCUGGACAGGCCUCAGCAUGGCUCUCCGGCCCGUCUCUCGCUCGCUAGUCUGCUAGCCGACGACCCUGCAGAGGCCAACCGUCUUCUGCUCGCAUGCCAGGACCUAGGUGGCUUCUACUUAGACCUCAGGUCGACUGAGCUGGGUGAGAGGGUCAUGGCUGAUGCAGACCGGCUCUUCCGUCUAGGAGGAGACAUCUUCGACCUGACCGAGCCCGAGAAGAGAGAGUACGAUAUGGCCAAGUUCGGUGGCUACUACGGAUACAAGGGCUACCGUAACCGCACCCUCGACACCAAGGAGUUCUACACCGUCUCCAAGGACGAUAUACUCGACCUUCCGUGUCCAUCAACCACCUGUCGGCCCCAGCCUCAACCCAUCAACUCCUCACGCCCGCUCAUAAAGACAUACAUCCAAAACUCCCACGCCAUCAUCUCGCUGGUCCUGUCACGGCUCACCUCCAUCCUGAACCUCCCUCGGGGCUCCUUGGAGAACAUCCACCGCCGUGACGCAAACAGCGGUGAUCAGAUCCGCUGGAUCAAGCUGCAGGCUAGCAAGGAAUCACGCCCACUCCCCGAGGACGACGUACUCCUGGACGAACACUCCGACUCCAACAGCGUCACCCUCCUCUUCAACCGGUCUGGCGGCCUACAAUUCCGGUCUCCCCAGCCCGAGCCCCCAUCCCACAGUGCCAUCAUCCCCAAGGAUAAUCCCAUCUCCUCCUCCUCCCCGGCCCUCAACACUACCGACUUCCCCCAGGGACCCUCUACAGUUACUGCUCGCUGGACACCUGCAAACCCUAUACCAGGCCACUGCAUAAUCCUGAUGGGCGAGCAGCUCGUCAAGCUUACCGAAGGCGCCGUCAGGGCCAACGUACAUCGCGUCUGUGCCUUGCCUGGCUUGCAAGGCACGAGCCCGCGGUACUCAUUGGUAUACUUUUCACGGCCAGAAGAUGACGUUAUUCUGAAACAACUUGCCGGGGUCCCCGUGGUUCCUAAACCGGUUACCACGCCGAAGGGUGUGCGUGAGCGGCAGAGUCAGUGUAAACGAAUUAGCAAGGUGUUUGAAGGGAAGGAGUGGAUGGGGUGGGCCAGGGCCGCCUCGCCUCGCCUCGAACAAAAGAGGUAG